AUGACUGCAGCCGGCGGUCUUCCUUCGCGCAUUCUCCCUCUUCUUCUCUCUCAACCUUUCCCUAGUCAACCCCUUCGGUCAUCCGGCUUGGCCCGCCAUGUCUCCAAGCCGCUGGACCAUCUCAUGAACAGCGGUCAGACCCGCGAGUCCAAGCACCACACCGCCGUGCUUGAAGACGAGGAUGUCGAGACCUUUGUCGCCUUCUGCGAGUAUGCGUACACCGGCGACUACAGCGUCCCGCCUCCCGGGUCCCGCCAGGACGACCGCGAGCCGGUGUCACCGGUCAAUCGUCCGUCGCUCCAGCGAGCCUUCACUGCGGAUAGCGCCCUGUCGCCGACUAAUCAUGCAUACUUGCCGUCCCCGCCGCGGUCUGCUGAAGCCGUUGGAGUAGGCGAGGGUGUAAAGGGCAAUGGUAUUGCGGAAGAGUCUCCUGCGCUGGGAGAAAUCCAUGCCGGGGAGGCACCUGUCUCUGAAGAACGCGGUCGGCGGCCGUCUACCGAUGCGCCUGAUGGGGAUGUAGAACCGUGGGACAUGGCCGGUGACGCUGCGCCGUCGAAGGGAAAGAAAGGCAAGAAGAAGAAGGACAAGAAGAAACAGAAAGAAGAUGUGCAAGUGGACGACCUCACCACCAAGCUGACUCCCCCUACCACCCCUCCGCCUGACAAUUUGCGAGAUGGUGAAGUCCGCGAGGAUACUCCAGAACAGGACGAAGGAGCGAACGAGGCAUCCCAUUUCGAGAGCGCAGCGGAACAGACCGCCCCUGGCCCGUCUCAGGGAACAGAGGACGGCUGGGAAGAGUCUCCGGGCACCACAACCCCGUCCGGCAACGACACGACAACGCCUGAUCCCGAGCCAGCAGACCAGGUCGAGGAGGACGGCAGCCAGGAAGUGGAGCGCCGGAUGGGACCCAUCAUCGACACGUCCUUCGCCAAACAGCACUUCUCCUCCCACCACGAGAAGGGCAUCAGCAUGUGGGACGAGUUCGCGUCGCUGAACUACAUCGACCCGCGCGGGUUCUCCAGCACGCGGCCUCCGAGCGUGCUCUCAACGCAGUCGAGUCGCGCCGAGCUCCCCUACCUCGUCUUCCACGCCAAGUUGUACGUCUUCGCCGCGCGCUAUCUGAUCCCUGCCCUGGCGCAGCUGUGUCUCCGCAAGCUGCACCGCGACCUGGUCAACCUGGGCUUCCCGGACCGCGACGCCCCGUCGGACCGCAAUACGGACGAUGACGAGGCCGCAUCCCUGACGACCACCAAGGCCAAGAUGGUGCUCGACCUCCUCCACUACACGUACACCAAGACCACCCGGCUCGAGCCCAUCUCGCCCGCGGCCGCCACCCAGCUGCGCGACAACGAGCUGCGGAAGCUGGUCAUCCACUACGCGGCCUGCAAGGUGCGGGACCUGGCGGAGUGUUGUCCUCCUAUGGAAGGCAACUUUUCGUCCCUGCGGUACCCGGUGAAGCCGUCUGCUCGCGGCAUGCGUGCUUUGCUGGAUGCCACGCCUGAGUUGGCUUCUGAUUUGGUGUAUCGGAUGAUGUGA